CAGUCUCUGCCGUGGUCGGGGGUCUGGUGAGCACCAUAGGCUUCCUACCCCUGUGCCUUGUGCCGGGAGCCGAGGUGUGGUGCUCGAGAUAGUGUGAGCACCUGGAAGAGGGAGCCUCUCCCUGCUGUGCUCCUCACCCACCUCCCCGGACAGGCGGCACGCCUGUGCAUAAUCCCCGCUGGUCUUCUCCCCACUUAAUUUAGGGAUCAGCUUCCCUCCUGGACCUUUCCCUGCUGCAUUCAUCCCUUUACCUGCCACCCUCCCUGAGCCGGCGCCCACAGGAAUGGGAUAAAGUCUGUCUAAGAAGAUUUGGGCAGUUGGUCAGGGAGUGCACGUGGGCUGCCAUUGCCAGGACUUGAGCUGGGAGCUGCACCCUGCCCCACUAAGGCAGAAACAAUGGGGGUCACUUGCACAAGAUGCUCCAGAUUGUGAGGGACAAGGCCAGUGUGUAGCCCUCACAUCAUGGCAAACUUUUUCUACUGCUGCUGUUUUUUGUUUUGUUUUUUAAAGUGAAACUGGGGUUUGAACUGAGGGCUUUAUUUUUGCUAGUCAGGCAUUCUACCACUUGAGCCACUUCUCUACCCCUUGCUGCUUCUUGAAGCCAGAGGAGGAAAUGACCAUUGUGAGGAGAAAGCCAGAAAGUUGAGGACCUGAUGACCCUCCAGGCGGCAGUCAGAAUUGAUGAGAUGGAAGCUCAGAGAGAAGGACCAGACAUUUGGGAAGGUGUAGUAAGGUAGUAGAUGCCUCAUUUCUUGAUGACCCACUGAGCAACUCUUGAUGGUCAUGCAGACUGAGGGGUGAGCGCAGCUCUGUUGUGGCAUGAUGCCAGAGAGGUGGUGUCAUGGGUGAGAUGAAUAUGGACAGUAAGUCUGACCGGGGAAGCAGGAGUUUUUCAUGGGGUAUUUGUUGCAUCCCAAUCUUGUCAAGGUUAGUACCUGCUCUUUGACAGCCAAGGCCCAGGCCUGUUGCCGCUGGCUCGGAGAGGCCUGACACAUUGCUUUUUCUUUUUUGGCAGUGCUGAGGAUGAACCCAGAGCCUGUUACACACUGAACAUGCCUUACCACUGAGCUGCAUCCUAACCCCAAUCUUUUGAGUGGACAGGUCUUUAGAAGGGCUUUCAGGUCCCCACUGUCCUGGUGGGCAUAACAAGAGCCUGUUCCCCAUGCCAUGGUGCUUCAGCUCUUGUGGAAGGGCGAAUGGAGUGGCUGAAUCUGGCUGACACAGGUCUGGUGGAGAACCAUUCAGGAAGCAGGUCAAUGGCCAGCAAGGAGGGGGGUCGGAGCCGGCAGCGGCGGCGGCAGUGGUGGCAGCGGGAGACAAAUGGAAACCUCCACAGGGCACAGAUUCCAUCAAGAUGGAGAAUGGGCAAAGCACAGGCGCCAAGCUGGGGCUGCCUCCCCUGACGCCUGAGCAGCAGGAGGCCCUCCAGAAGGCCAAGAAGUAUGCCAUGGAGCAGAGCAUCAAGAGUGUGCUGGUGAAGCAGACCAUCGCGCACCAGCAGCAGCAGCUCACCAAUCUACAGAUGGCAGCAGUGACAAUGGGCUUUGGAGAUCCUCUCUCACCUUUGCAAUCGAUGGCCGCUCAGCGGCAGCGGGCGCUGGCCAUCAUGUGCCGGGUCUACGUGGGCUCCAUCUACUACGAGCUGGGGGAGGACACCAUCCGCCAGGCCUUUGCUCCCUUUGGCCCCAUCAAGAGCAUUGACAUGUCCUGGGACUCUGUCACCAUGAAGCACAAGGGCUUUGCCUUCGUGGAGUACGAGGUCCCAGAAGCUGCCCAGCUGGCGUUGGAGCAAAUGAACUCAGUGAUGCUGGGAGGCAGGAACAUCAAGGUGGGCCGGCCCAGCAACAUAGGGCAGGCCCAGCCCAUUAUAGACCAGCUGGCUGAGGAGGCUCGAGCCUUCAACCGCAUCUAUGUGGCUUCUGUGCACCAGGACCUAUCGGACGACGACAUCAAGAGUGUUUUUGAGGCUUUUGGCAAAAUCAAAUCUUGCACACUGGCUCGGGAUCCCACAACUGGCAAGCACAAGGGCUACGGCUUCAUCGAGUACGAGAAGGCCCAGUCGUCCCAGGAUGCGGUGUCCUCCAUGAACCUCUUUGACCUGGGGGGCCAGUACUUGCGGGUGGGCAAGGCCGUCACCCCCCCCAUGCCCCUGCUGACGCCUGCCACACCUGGAGGCCUCCCGCCUGCGGCCGCUGUGGCCGCAGCCGCAGCCACAGCCAAGAUUACAGCUCAGGAAGCAGUGGCUGGAGCAGCGGUGCUAGGUACCUUGGCCACACCUGGACUGGUUUCCCCAGCACUGACCCUGGCCCAGCCCUUAGGGGCAUUGCCUCAGGCUGUCAUGGCUGCCCAGGCCCCUGGAGUCAUCACAGGUGUGACCCCAGCCCGUCCUCCCAUUCCGGUCACCAUACCCUCUGUGGGAGUGGUGAACCCUAUCCUAGCCAGCCCCCCGACACUGGGUCUCCUGGAACCCAAGAAGGAGAAGGAAGAGGAGGAGCUGUUUCCUGAGUCUGAGCGGCCAGAGAUGCUGAGUGAGCAGGAGCACAUGAGCAUCUCAGGCAGCAGUGCCCGCCACAUGGUCAUGCAGAAGCUGCUCCGCAAGCAGGAGUCCACAGUGAUGGUUCUCCGCAACAUGGUGGACCCCAAGGACAUCGAUGAUGACCUGGAGGGGGAGGUGACAGAGGAAUGUGGCAAGUUUGGUGCUGUGAAUCGUGUCAUCAUAUACCAAGAGAAGCAGGGUGAGGAGGAGGACGCAGAAAUCAUCGUCAAGAUCUUUGUGGAGUUUUCCAUGGCCUCAGAGACUCACAAGGCCAUCCAGGCCCUGAAUGGGCGCUGGUUUGCUGGCCGCAAGGUUGUGGCUGAAGUAUAUGACCAGGAGCGUUUUGAUAACAGCGACCUCUCUGCGUGACCUUGGCCGGGUUCCCUGGACUUGCGCUUGUUCCUUGUUUCCUCUGGGUUUUAUAGAGUGGUAACAGUGGUGUCCCUGGGACCAGGCAUUCUGCCCAGCCCAACCUGUAGUGUGCAUAAAGGUGCAGGUGCUGCUGGCCCU